GUAUAGUACAAUUUGAUGGAAACUACAGGUGGAACAAUUCAAGAAUAAGAGCCACGUGAGGUAAUACUUCCGACCGCAGUGACGAUCAUCAAUCAAUCAGAUAAGAAAAGAUUCAAUCAGGUUGAAGGAGAGUUAUUAUUUUAAGUCUCUGAUUUCUGCAUUAAUUCAUCCAUGUGAAAAGUAAGCACCAUCGCUGUGCCAACUCUUCCCCACUAUUUUAAUAGUAGCAAGCAGUAGUAACAGGUAGAGUGAUUACAUCGCCACCUGCUUUGUACUCGUACACUCCGAAUUGCGUCAGCACGAUUCCUUUUUCAAGAAAAAUCUUAUCUUGUGGUUUAGAGUGAGAGAAGGGAAAAGUUGAUACGCAUUCAAAUACAUAACCCCUUUCUGAGAAGAUUUUGCUACUCCUGCAAGAAUUUCUGCAAGAAAUGGCUCGGACUGCAGUGGGGUUUGUGGGUUUGGACGAGGUCUCCUUGAAACUAGCUGCCUCUCUUCUGCAGUCUGGGCAUCCGGUCAACUGUUGGAUGAUUUCUCAAAACAAGGAGGUAAAAGGUGUACCAAUCUGAUGGAGUCAGGGCAAGGUGUUAAUGCUUUGGUCAUACUUGUAUCUCAUGUUGAUCAAAUAAAUGACCUCUUUUUUGCUGAUAAGGGUGUUCUAAGAGGAUUGCCGAAAGAUGUAAUCAUCAUUGUUCAUUCAACCAUACUCCCUGCACAUUUACAGAAGCUGGAGAAAACUCUUACGGAGGAUUAUCAGAUGGAAAUCAUUGUUGAUAUGCAUGCUUCAAAGGCAGUGUCUGAAGUUUUGAAUGGAAAAGUCAUGAUUAUUUCAUCUGGACAAGCGGAAUCUAUCUCUAGGGCGCAACCCUUUCUUUCUGCCAUGGGAGAUAAACUUUUUUUAUUUGAGGGUGAUAUAGGUGCAGGCAGCAAAAGUAAAAUGGUAAUUGAGCUUCUUGAAGAAAUUCACUUUGUAGCUUCACUUGAAGCCAUGUCUCUUGGUGCUCAAGCUGGAAUUCAUCCCAGGAUAAUAUACGAUAUCAUCUCUAAUGCAGCUGGAAAUUCAUGGGUUUUCAAAAAUUAUGUUCCCCAUUUGUUAAGGGGUAACCAAUCCACUCAUCAUCUCCUCAGUGCUUUCAACCAGAACUUGGGAAUAGUUUUGGAGAUGGCAAAAACACUAAUAUUUCCUCUUCCACUUUUAACUGUUGCUCACCAACAAAUCCUUGCAGGAUAUUCACAUGGUGUGAAGGAUGGUGAGGAUACUGCAUUUCUCAAAGUCUGGGAAAAGUUAUCUGGAGUGAACAUCAUAGAUGCAGCCAAUGCCAAAGCUUACAAUCCAGAGGAACUGGCCAGUAAAUUAUCUACCAAGUCAAAAACUGUAAAGCGAAUUGGAUUUAUUGGGUUAGGAGCAAUGGGAUUUGGCAUGGCAACACAUUUACUGAAAUCAAAUUUCACUGUUCUUGGUUAUGAUGUGUAUAAACCAACCGUUUCCCGAUUUGAAAGUGAAGGUGGAAUUGCAGGGAGCAGUCCAGCUGAAGUAUGCAAAGAUGUGGAUGUAUUGGUCAUAAUGGUGACAAAUGAAUACCAAGCUGAAAGUGUUCUAUAUGGGGAUAAUGGCGCGGUGGCAGCCCUUCCAUCUGGAGCAUCUAUUAUCCUCUCGUCGACUGUAUCUCCAGCAUUUGUCAGCCAGCUAGAGCGAAGGUUGCAAAAUGAACAAAAGAAUUUGAAGUUGGUGGAUGCUCCUGUCUCUGGUGGUGUGAAGAGAGCUGCCGAUGGAACACUUACUAUAAUGGCAUCAGGUGCAGAUGAAGCACUGGAACACGCUGGUCAAAUCCUUUCAGCAUUAAGUGAGAAGCUUUAUAUCAUAAAUGGAGGUUGUGGAGCUGGAAGUGGUGUAAAAAUGAUCAAUCAACUGCUUGCUGGAGUUCAUAUUGCAUCAGCAGCAGAGGCAUUGGCAUUCGGGGCUCGAUUGGGUCUUAAUACAAGAUUGUUAUUUGAUGUCAUUACAAAUAGUGCUGGAACAUCAUGGAUGUUUGAGAAUCGUGGUCCACAUAUGGUAGAGAGUGAUUAUACACCAUUAUCUGCACUUGAUAUCUUCGUGAAGGAUCUGGGCAUUGUUUCUCGUGAAUGUGCAUCUCGCAAGGUUCCACUUCAUGUGUCAAAUAUUGCACAUCAACUGUUCUUGUCAGGUUCAGCUGCUGGGUGGGGCCGAAUAGAUGAUUCUGCUGUAGUAAAGGUUUAUGAGACACUUACAGGAGUCAAAGUUGAAGGAAAGCCCCAUGCUUUGAAUAAAGAAUCUGUACUUCGCUCUCUUCCGCCCGAGUGGCCGACCGAUCCUAUCGAUGAUAUAAUUAGCCUUACCCAAAAAAUUUCAAAAACAUUGGUUGUUUUGGAUGACGACCCAACUGGCACUCAAACAGUUCAUGACAUUGUAGUGUUGACAGAAUGGAGUAUCGAGUCACUUGUUGCACAGUUCAGGAAAAAGCGUAAAUGCUUUUUCAUUUUGACAAAUUCACGAUCACUAAGUUCUGAGAAGGCUAGUGCUCUAAUAACGGAGAUCUGCCGUAACUUGUCUGCUGCUUCAAAGACAGUGGAGAACACUGAUUACACUGUGGUUCUGAGGGGGGAUUCAACAUUACGAGGUCAUUUCCCAGAGGAAGCAGAUGCAGCUAUUUCUGUAAUUGGUGAGGUGGAUGUGUGGAUAAUUUGCCCCUUCUUUUUACAAGGCGGCCGCUACACUAUUGGAGACAUACACUAUGUUGCAGAUUCUGAAAGGCUCAUCCCUGCAGGUGAAACAGAGUUUGCAAAAGAUGCUUCGUUUGGCUAUAAAUCUUCUAAUCUGCGGGAGUGGGUGGAGGAGAAAACGAGCGGUCGCAUACCAGCAAGCAGUAUUGCAUCCAUUUCUAUCCAACUACUAAGAAAGGGUGGACCUAGAGCUGUUUGUGAACUUCUCUGCAGCUUGAAAAAGGGGUCUACAUGUAUAGUUAAUGCUGCUAGUGAAAGAGACAUGGCGGUAUUUGCCGCAGGGAUGAUUCAGGCGGAACUGAAGGGCAAGAGCUUCCUGUGCCGCAGUGCGGCUAGUUUUGUUUCUGCUCGAGUUGGAAUUAUACCAAAAGCUCCAUUGCUGCCCAGUGAUCUGCGGAUAUCCAGGAAGGUUAUUGGUGGACUUAUAGUUGUGGGUUCUUAUGUUCCCAAAACAACGAAACAGGUUGAAGAGCUACUAUCGCAAAGAGGUCAUGCUUUGAAACAGAUUGAGGUUUCUGUUGACAAAAUUGCCCUAAAAUCAGUAGAAGAAAGAGAGGAAGAGAUCAAUCACACUGCCGAGGUUGCUGAUGUAUACAUAAAAAGUGGGAAAGACACUCUUGUAAUGACUAGUCGACAACUUGUUGUAGGAAAAACUGCUUCCGAAAGUUUAGAGAUCAACUUCAAAGUAAGCUCUGCACUUGUGGAAAUAGUGCGCCGUAUAAGUACAAGACCACGUUACAUCCUUGCAAAGGGUGGAAUUACCUCUUCAGACCUUGCGACAAAAGCUCUAGGAGCAAAACGAGCGGAAGUAGUGGGCCAAGCUAUGGCUGGGGUACCCUUGUGGCAGCUUGGUCCUGAAAGCCGACAUCCAGGCGUUCCCUAUAUUGUUUUUCCUGGAAAUGUCGGUGACAGUAAAGCUGUUGCCGAAGUCGUGAAACGCUGGGCGCGUCCAAGCAGGCCUUCAACUAAGGAACUUCUUCUUAAUGCAGAAAAUGGUGGAUAUGCUGUUGGAGCCUUUAAUGUCUACAAUCUGGAAGGAGUUGAGGCAGUUGUUGCUGCAGCAGAGGAACAAGAAAGUCCUGCUAUCUUGCAGAUCCAUCCUAGUGCCCUGAAGCAAGGAGGGGUCCCUUUGGUAGCCUGCUGUAUCUCUGCUGCUGAACAAGCAAGUGUUCCUAUUACAGUUCACUUUGACCAUGGAAGUGUCAAGCAAGAAUUGCUGGAAAAUCUGGAAUUGGGAUUUGACUCACUCAUGGUUGAUGGUUCACACCUACCUUUUGAGGAAAAUGUUGCAUACACUAAGUACAUUUCAGUCUUAGCACAUUCAAAAAAGUUAAUGGUGGAAGCUGAGCUGGGAAGAUUGUCUGGGACAGAAGAUGACUUGACUGUGGAAGAUUACGAAGCGAGACUAACUGAUGUCAACCAGGCUCAUGAGUUCAUUGAUGCAACGGGUAUAGAUGCUUUGGCUGUUUGCGUUGGAAAUGUUCAUGGAAAAUACCCUGCAAGUGGCCCAAAUCUAAGACUUGAUUUGCUUAAGGAUCUGUAUGAUUUGUGUUUAAGGAAAGGAGUUUACCUCGUUCUUCAUGGCGCUUCUGGCUUGCCAAAGGAUAUCAUCGAGGAAUGUAUAAAGCUUGGAGUACGGAAAUUCAAUGUGAACACUGAGGUCCGCAGGGCUUAUAUGGACUCUUUAACGAACACCCAUAAAGAUCUCGUCCACGUCAUGCAAUCAGCAAAGGAAGCCAUGAAAGCUGUUGUUGCUGAGAAGAUGCAACUCUUUGGCUCAGCUGGGAAAGCAUAUUAACAACACUGACGGUGAAAUCACCGGUCCACACCCUGGUUUGCUCACAUUUCUCUCUUCUUUUCCGAUACACUGCUGACGUUCUAUACAUAGGUACGAUCAUUGUGGACCUUGUCGAAUAUUUCCAUGAACUAUCAGCGGUUGGCUUUAUGUGUUCUUCGCUACAUUUCUGUUAAACAAAAUAAAGUCUGCAUUGUUUCUCCGGCAGCAAAUUCAUUCCCUUUCUCUAUUGUAAUGACCUGAGAUUAUGCAACUUAUCGCACUAAGUCAAUUUCAGUCAUCAAGUUUGAAGAACCAAA